CCUGACGUGGAACGCAAUGUCUUCUGUUCUGUGGACGUGGAAUUCUUAAAAUGCAUUCUAAUUGAAAGCUUUUUGAUUAUUUUUCUCAUGUAUUUAAGAAAUUAAAUUCAGUUUCAAAGUCCGUAAUUUAAGAUGGCUACAUAUGAAGAAUACAUACAACAAAAUGAAGAUCGUGACGGAAUUCGUUUUACUUGGAAUGUAUGGCCGUCAAGUCGAAUUGAGGCCACCCGCCUAGUUGUGCCCCUAUCUUGUUUGUACCAGCCUAUUAAAGAGCGACCUGACCUUCCUCCUAUUCAGUAUGACCCCGUUUUGUGUACAAGAAAUAAUUGCAGGGCUAUUUUGAAUCCCUAUUGCCAAGUCGAUUACAGAGCAAAGUUAUGGGUUUGCAAUUUUUGCUUCCAAAGGAAUCCUUUUCCUCCACAAUAUGCGGCAAUUUCCGAACAACAUCAGCCUGCGGAAUUAAUGCCUAUGUUUUCAAGUAUCGAAUACACUAUCACAAGAGCUCAGUGUUUACCUCCAAUUUUUUUGUUUGUGGUGGAUACAUGUAUGGAUGAAGAGGAGCUAGGAGCUCUAAAAGAUUCUCUGCAAAUGUCUUUGAGUUUACUUCCCCCCAAUGCCCUAGUGGGUUUGAUAACGUUUGGCAAGAUGAUUCAAGUUCAUGAAUUAGGUACUGAAGGGUGCAGCAAGUCAUAUGUAUUUAGAGGUACAAAAGAUCUGACUGCAAAACAACUCCAGGACAUGUUAGGGAUUGGAAAGGUGCCUGUUAAUCCUCAGGCUAUGCAACAACCAAAUAUGAGGCCUGGAGUAACAGGGCAACCCGUGCAACCUCCAGUUCCACCAGCUAAUAGGUUUAUACAAUCAGUAUCCAAUUGUGAAAUGAAUCUUACUGACCUGAUUGGGGAACUGCAAAGAGACCCCUGGCCUGUUCCUCAAGGGAAGCGUUAUUUACGCUCGACCGGAGUUGCCCUUUCAAUUGCUAUUGGCUUAUUAGAGGGUGCUUAUCCCAACACAGGUGCUAGGGUGAUGUUAUUUGUAGGUGGUCCAUGUUCCCAAGGACCAGGCCAAGUGGUCAAUGAUGAUUUAAAGCAACCAAUAAGGUCGCACCACGACAUUCAUAAGGAUAAUGCGAAAUAUAUGAAAAAAGCAAUUAAACAUUAUGAGAAUCUUGCUAUGCGAGCUGCAACCAAUGGCCACUGUGUAGAUAUUUAUUCGUGUGCCUUAGACCAAACUGGACUUAUGGAAAUGAAACAGUGCUGUAACUCCACUGGAGGGCACAUGGUGAUGGGUGAUUCUUUCAACUCUUCAUUAUUCAAGCAGACAUUCCAGCGCGUUUUUGCAAAAGAUCAGAAAAAUGAAUUAAAAAUGGCUUUCAAUGGUACAACUGAAGUUAAAUGCUCUAGAGAAUUAAAAAUUCAAGGUGGUAUAGGCUCCUGUGUUUCUUUAAAUGUGAAAAGCCCUUUAGUGGCGGAUACCGAGAUUGGAAUGGGCAACACAGUUCAGUGGAAAAUGUGCACAUUCACGCCAAGCACUACCCUGUCCUUGUUUUUUGAAGUAGUCAAUCAGCAUUCAGCACCAAUUCCACAAGGUGGAAGAGGCUGUGUUCAGUUCAUCACCCAAUAUCAGCAUUCAAGUGGACAACGAAAAAUUCGAGUCACGACUAUAGCAAGAAAUUGGGCAGAUGCGACAGCAAAUAUACAUCACAUCAGCUCCGGUUUUGAUCAAGAAUGUGCUGCUGUAAUCAUGGCUCGUAUGGCGGUGUACAGGGCUGAAACUGACGAGAGCCCUGACGUGCUAAGAUGGGUCGAUAGAAUGCUUAUUCGUUUGUGUCAGAAAUUCGGAGAAUACAACAAAGAUGAUCCGGCAUCUUUCAGGCUUAGUGAGAAUUUUAGUUUAUAUCCGCAGUUUAUGUACCAUCUUCGAAGGUCUCAAUUUUUGCAGGUGUUUAAUAAUUCGCCAGAUGAAACUUCAUUUUACAGGCAUAUGUUGAUGAGAGAAGAUUUAACACAAUCUUUGAUAAUGAUACAACCAAUAUUAUAUAGUUACAGCUUUAAUGGCCCGCCAGAACCUGUUCUGUUAGAUACUAGCUCCAUACAGCCGGAUAGAAUUUUGCUUAUGGAUACCUUCUUUCAGAUAUUGAUUUUCCAUGGAGAAACUAUAGCCCAAUGGAGAAACUUAAAAUACCAAGACAUGCCGGAAUAUGAUAAUUUUAGGCAACUCUUGCAAGCACCAGUUGAUGAUGCUCAAGAAAUUCUACAAACCCGUUUCCCCAUGCCUCGGUAUAUAGAUACGGAACAAGGAGGCUCCCAAGCCAGAUUCCUGCUGUCCAAAGUUAACCCGAGCCAAACGCAUAACAACAUGUACUCAUAUGGAGGGGCCAUUAUGACAGGUCCUAAUGGGGAUGCUGGAGCUCCGGUACUGACCGACGAUGUGUCCUUGCAAGUAUUUAUGGACCAUUUGAAAAAACUGGCAGUUUCUUCAACAGCCUAAUGAAACUUACCUUGUUAUAGGGUUUUCAGUGUUUAUGCUAGGAAUAAGUAAUAUGGAAUGUAUUUUUUUUUAAACAGUUUAUUAUAUUUUGCAAAAAGGACAUUGUGAAAUUAAACAGUUUCUUAUGAAGAUUU